AUGGCUGUUGAAGCAAGACAAAUGAAUCCAUUCGCUUCUCAGUUCGUUAACAACAGAGAAUGUGUUAAAUCACAACAGAAUAUGUAUAACGACGGCCAGAUUGAAUUCGCCGGCGGUUUUCCGGUAACAACCGGUGAUCGUCAGUUACCGUAUAUACAGUCUCGCGCGAUAGAUCCGAUUCAUAUCGCAGCAAGCUUCAACAAAGCAGAAAGCGAUCUCACAUACAAUUUCAACCAAUCUCCGGCUCCUCCGGCGAUUUCAAAACGCCAGCGAGAUUCUACGUUUGACUCCGACGCUCUCAUGGCAGCUCAGAAACGGAGAUCAGUCGCGUUUGAGACGUCUCUAAUCGACGCAGAACUCGUCUCUCAGAUCCAACAACAGCAAUCGGAAAUCGAUCGAUUCGUUGCUCUCCAAACGGAAACGCUCAGAAUAGAGUUAGAAGCGCGGCAGCGAAUGCAAACGCGGAUGUUCGCGUCGGCGGUUCAAUCGGCGAUUAUCAAAAAGCUGAAAGCGAAAGACGACGAGAUCGUACGAAUGGGGAAGCUAAAUUGGGUUUUACAAGAGCGUGUGAAGAAUCUCUACGUCGAGAAUCAGAUCUGGCGUGAUCUCGCACAAACCAAUGAAGCCACAGCUAACAAUCUCCGAUCAAAUCUAGAACAAGUUCUCGCUCAGGUUGACGAUUUUCCGGAAACCGCCAACGCUAUUCGUCCUCCGGUGGUAGAAGACGACGCGGAAUCGAGCUGCGGAAGUUGCGACGGAGCCGACGGAGAUGAUGUUACGGCGGUGAGCGGAGGAUGUAGACGGUGCGGUGAGAGAACGGCGAGUGUAUUGGUGUUGCCUUGCCGUCAUUUGUGUCUGUGUACGGUUUGUGGAUCGGCUCUGUUACAGGCGUGCCCUGUGUGUGAUACGGUCAUGAAUGCUAGUGUACAUGUUAACUUGUCGUGA